UACUGUAAGUAGGUAUGGAAAUGUGUGCACAGAAAAGAAUAAAAGCAAAGCUAGUACCUGGAGGAUGCAUUAGUCUAAUAGGGCCAAAACUGUCUACAGGUGCAGCAGAGGUUUAAAAGAGAUUCAAGCAGGAAUUGUCCUUUGAAGAUGGAUGGUGAUAGCUCCACAACGGAUGCUUCUCAGUUAGGAAUUGCUGGAGAUUACAUUGGUGGCAGUCACUAUGUGAUACAGCCUCAUGAUGACACAGAGGACAGCAUGAAUGAUCACGAAGAUACAAAUGGCUCAAAAGAGAGUUUUAGAGAACAAGAUAUAUAUCUUCCAAUUGCAAAUGUGGCAAGGAUAAUGAAAAAUGCUAUACCCCAAACAGGAAAGAUUGCUAAGGACGCAAAGGAAUGCGUGCAAGAGUGUGUAAGUGAGUUUAUCAGCUUUAUAACAUCAGAAGCAAGUGAAAGAUGUCACCAAGAGAAAAGAAAGACCAUCAAUGGAGAGGAUAUUCUCUUUGCCAUGUCUACCUUGGGGUUUGAUAGCUAUGUAGAACCUUUGAAGUUAUACCUCCAAAAAUUCAGAGAG